UAAAUAUGAGGUCGAUUUACAUCGAGGGGUAAGCGGGGUAGCUUACGUCUAAUUAUUUGGACUAGUAGAGUGCAGCCUUGUUGACUCAAGAUUCAGCGACAUCCAGUUCAUCACUGAUCAGAACAGAACUGAUGCGCUGGCAGCCAUCAAAAACAGAAUGUCUACCAUUGCUCUUCGGAUGGGAUUGAUGAGACAAACAGCUGUCACACAGGAGGAAGCUAAGGCCACAGCUGAUGACAGUGACCAGCCCCCUCAGUUGAACAUCCUGAAUGAUGAGGAGCAAUCUGAUGGCAACAACAACUACAAGGAGCAAGAGCCAACUAUUAUUGUUGAAGACACCCCAGAGGCAGAUAAUGGCAAAAAACCAACAAGUGCUCUAGGACGUUUGUUCAUUACUAAAGAAGAGUCUUCUGCUGCUGAUAAAGUUGAAUUAGAGCUGAACUGUUAUCUCAAAGAAUCAAGGGCGAAAAUGGAAGUGAAUCCAAUAGACUGGUAGGGGGCAAGGUCUGACAAAUAUCCUAUCCUAGCUAGAGUUGCCUGUUCAUACUUGAUCAUCAAAGGAACAUCUGUGGCUAGUGAUUGAGUAUUUUCUACUACAGGAGACCUUGUAUCGGCCCAAAGGGCUUGUCUGUUGCCAGAAAAUGUAGAUAAACUUGUCUUCUUUAAUAAGAACCUUAAAGUUGAAAAGGUUAAAGCUAAACCAACUUUGAGUGCUUCAGAAGCACCCGGGGGGACAGAAUGACUUUGUAACAAUUCAAUUUAUUGAUGUGACAAUCUGAACACUUACAUUUAAUAUGUGUUUACUUUCAGUAUUGUAUACAGUUUGAAUUUUGAUUCAAGAAUUCGUUAACAUUGUUCAUCUUUAAUCUAGUCAUAUUGCAGAUUUUUUGUUUAUUUGUGUCUUGUUCUGAGAAAACUGGGCAUAAUGCAUGUGCGUAAAGUGUCGUCCCGGAUAAGCCUGUGCAGUCUGCACAGGCUUUUCAGGAACGACACUUUCCGCUUUAACUAGAUUUUCUGUUAAAAAAUAAAAGGGACUUCAUUUUAACGAAAAAAAUACCAUUAAAGCGGAAAGUGUCGUUCCUGAUUAGCCUGUGUGAACUGCACAUGCUUAUCUGGGACGACACUUUACGUACAUGCAUUUUGACCAAUUUUCACAGAACAAGACACAUUUUAAAGGUUUUUGAGGCUUCUUAUUUUCUUAAACUGUCACUUGAUUCUUGUUAUAAUAAUAAUACAAGUUAUUUAUUUUUAUGCCCCCUUUCGAAGAAGAGGGGGUAUAUUGCUUUGCGCAUGUCGGUCGGUUGGUCGGUCCGUCCACCAGGUGGUUUCCGGAUGAUAACUCAAGAACGCUUAGGCCUAGGAUCAUGAAACUUCAUAGGUACAUUGAUCAUGACUCGCAGAUGACCCCUAUUGAUUUUGAGGUCACUAGGUCAAAGGUCAAGGUCACGGUGACCCGAAAUAGUAAAAUGGUUUCCGGAUGAUAACUCAAGAAAGCUUAUGUCUAGGAUCAUGAAACUUGACAGGUAGAUUGAUCAUGACUCGCAGAUGACCUCUAUUGAUUUUCAGGUCACUAGGUCAAAGGUCAAGGACAUGGUGACCCGAAAUAGUAAAAUGGUUUCUGGAUGAUAACUCAAGAACGCUUAUGCCUAGGAUCAUGAAACUUCAUAGGUACAUUGAUCAUGACUCGCAGAUGACCCCUAUUGAUUUUCAGGUCACUAGGUCAAAGGUCAAGGUCACGGUGACCCAAAAUAGUAAAAUGGUGUCCGGAUGAUAACUCAAGAACGCUUAUUCCUAGGAUCAUGAAACUUGAUAGGUAGAUUGAUCAUGACUCGCAGUUGACCCCUAUUGAUUUUCAGGUCACUAUUUCAAAGGUCAAGGUCACGGUGACCCGAAACAGUAAAAUGGUUUCCGGAUGAUAACUCAAGAACGCUUAUGGCUACGAUCAUGAAACUUCAUAGGUACAUUGAUCAUGACUCACGGAUGACCCCUAUUUAUUUUGAGGUCACUAGGUCAAAGGUCAAGGUCAUGGUGACUCGAAAUAGUAAAAUGGUUUCCGGAUGAUAACUCAAGAACACUUAUGCCUAGGAUCAUGAAACUUCAUAGGUACAUUGAUCAUGACUCGCAGAUGACCCCUAUUGAUUUUCAGGUCACUAGGUCAAAGGUCAAGGUCACAGUGACUCAAAAUAGUAAAAUAGUUUCCAGAUGAUAACUGAAGAAUGCUUAUGCCUAGGAUCAUGAAACUUGACAGGUAGAUUGAUCAUGACUCGCAGAUGACCCCUAUUGAUUUUCAGGUCACUAGGUCAAAGGUCUAGGUCACGGUGACCCAAAAUAGUAGAAGGGUUUCCGGAUGAUAACUCAAGAACACUUAUGGCUAGGAUCAUGAAACAUCAUAGGUACAUUGAUCAUGACUCGCAGAUGACCCCUAUUGAUUAUCAGGUCACUAGGUCAAAGGUUAAGGUCACAGUGACAAAAAACAUAUUCACACAAUGGCUGUCACUACAACGGAGAGCCCAUAUGGGUGGCAUGCAUGUUUUACAAACAACCCUUAUCUUACCCAGUGGUGCAACUGGCAGACCCAAUGUCUGAACCCUGUUCAAUGAGAGUACUGUUGAUCUUUUUUUCAGACUCAUGGUAACAAAUGUUAUUGAGCAACACAAAAGGAAUUUCUAGUGACUAAUCAAGGUCUUUUCAUAUUUAAGUGUCUUAAUGACACCAUCUGGUUCUCAUCAGAUGAACUUCUCUGAAAAUCAAAGUUGAAGUUAACACAUUUAGAUGCAAUGGAAUCAUUUGACAUGAUUCACUUCCAUCUAAAUUUGUUAACCCCUUAUUUGUUUUUGGCAUUAUAAAUAUAGAUGAUAAAUCCCAGACGUAUAUGUAAUUGUACAUCUUCAUCUGUAUGCAAUUGUCUCUGUGAUAAAGAUUGCUUGUUGGUUUUUUGGUAAUCAUAAAACAGUGUUUUCUAUUUUCCUUGGAAACUGACUGAUCAAUAUCAAGAAUGGAAUAUAAAUGUCUGCAAUAUU